AUGACUUCCCCCAGCGAAGCGUCUGCACUAGAUGCCACCGCGGUGGAGGAGAGCACCGUCUCGAGUGCUGUAGCUCGAGUCUUCGGUAUUCACGAGCUCGCUGAGAUGAUCCUCGAAAAGCUACCCACAAAGGACGUACUCAAGACACAGCGAGCCUGUAGGGCUUUUCGAGACAUGAUCGUCGGCUCAUCGCGCAUCCGUGCUGGUUGCGUCGUCUUCGACAAUCUCUGCCAGCCCGUUCACCCAUUCGACAACCUUCUCAACUUCAAGACAGCUCCCGGCACCUCCAUGAUUACUCACUACAGUGACUAUGACCGGUGCUGGGAGUCCAGAAGAUACGGCCGUGACGGCUCCUUGUAUCUCUACUACAAAGUCGACUCUAGCGAGCCCACCUUGGCCGUCGGUAGAGGGAUGGCACGUCUGCAAAAGUAUCGCGCGAAGACUUGCGGCAUCGUGACUCUCAGACCUUCGAAGGAUAGUCAAGACCUAGGCUAUGCUGGUGGCGUGCUCCACAGCGGCUUCGAGGACUCGUGGCGGAGGAUUCAGUGGUCUCGAUAUACUCCGGGUGUGCACCUCAGUGUGCACAGCACAUGCGACAGAAACCACUCGGUGCAAGAGAAGAAGACCUUUCCCACGCUCGGAGAGAUCUACGAUUGGAUGAGCUCUGGACGUGAUUUUGCCAAGAAGAGGUCGUGUCCUGGUGAUGGGUCGGGUGGGCUUCAUAGCGUUGAGUACUAG